GUUUCUGAUCAACUUCCCCCGCUGACGCUACAGUUCAGUUAGCAAAGGGGCUAAGUUAUUGCAAUGUUGCGACACAUCAACAAUUGCGAAUGUAAUCAACGGGCCUAUCUCGCUUAAAAUGAAUUCACCCAAAAGGACAGAUACUGGUCAAGAAUUAAAUGCAGAUCCAGAGGAAGCUGAACCCAAUCAUAACAGUCAGCCUCUCUCAGGAUCAGAUGGGGUGGUUGGUAGGCAACUUAGUGAACCAGGGCGCUUUGCAUAUGCCGGUCUGUGCGGAGUGUCCCUAGGAAAGUUGUUCCCUGGACCGCAUCAGAGGAGCUUCCGGGAGCAGUUUCUGGAAGGCCUGGUGCAAUGGCUUGGCCUGGAUGAGUCUGUUAUGCCAGUCAUGGGAGCCUUUCUGUCUGGCUUGGGGUUCGAGGGCAGCGACACUUUCCUCUCCAUCCUGCAGGAAGAGCCUCUGCUGAGCUCCGGAGCCUUGCCCAUCACUCAGGACCUGGUGUCGUUUUCUGUGAAAGAUGGUCUGUAUGACGCCAGGGCCCGAGUUCUCAUCCGUCACGUCAGCUGCCUGCUCCGCGUCUUACCGCAGCAGCUGGAGGACUUUGAGGAGACCAUAGGAGAACGUCUCCGGGAGAGUGGAGAAGAGAGCGAGGAAGAAUCUUCAAGGCGACAAAAGAAAGAGAGAGGGCGUAAACUGCGACGGUACUUGCUGAUUGGUCUAGCUACUGUCGGUGGGGGCACUGUGAUUGGUGUGACGGGUGGACUGGCGGCGCCCCUAGUGGCAGCUGGUGCAGGCGCGGUGUUGGGCGCUGGCGGAGCGGCUGCGCUGGGCUCAGCCACGGGCAUCGCCAUCAUGGCGUCCCUGUUUGGCGCAGCAGGUGCAGGACUUACCGGCUACAAAAUGAACAAGCGUAUCGGCGCCAUCGAGGAGUUUGAGUUCCUGCCGCUGAACCAAGGGAAGCACCUCCACCUGACUGUGGCUGUGACGGGCUGGCUGUGCAGCGGCAAAUACAGUUCAUUCCAGGCCCCUUGGUCUAACCUGGGGGCGUGUGGGGAGCAGUACUGCCUGGCAUGGGAGUCUCGUUUCCUGCGCGACCUGGGCUCGGCGCUGGACACCAUCGUGGACGGCCUGGUCAGCAUCGUGGCGCAGGAGGCUCUCAAAUACACCAUACUGUCAGGAAUCGUGACUGCGCUGACGUGGCCUGCGUCGCUGCUGGCCGUGGCGAGCGUGAUUGACAACCCUUGGAGCGUGUGCUUGAGUCGCUCAGCCGAGGUGGGCAAACACCUGGCCCAGGUGCUUCGGAGCAGGCAGCAGGGGAAGCGGCCCGUCAGCCUGAUUGGAUUCAGCUUAGGCGCCAGAGUCAUCUACUUUUGUUUACAAGAGUUGGCCAACGACCAAGGAAGUGAAGGUGUUGUGGAGGACGUGGUACUGCUGGGGGCACCUGUGGACGGAUCUGACAAGGCGUGGGAGCGGCUGUCCAGGGUGGUGGCGGGGAAGAUUGUGAACGGAUACUGCAGGGGAGACUGGCUGCUUGGAUUCCUGUACCGGAGCUCAUCUGUCCAGCUGUCGGUGGCGGGCCUGCAGCCCAUCAGCCUGAGUGAUCCGCGAAUCAUCAACGUGGACCUGUCGUCCGUGGUGAAAGGUCACUUGGACUACAUGCGUCAAAUGGAGACCAUCUUGGUGGCGGUAGGGGUGCCCACGCGUGAGGGGGCGGGCAGGAUGCCAGGGUCUCCGUCGCUGAUCCUGGGCAUGACCCCGGGGGUUCCUGGUGCCAGUGAGACCCUGUCCGACCCGGUGAGUGGACAAGGUCCCGAGGAGACGCACGAAGACGCGAGCAGCAGCAGCACCACGGCGACCACAGACCAGCAACAGGAGAAGGAGGGGGCCACGACAACGACGACGACGACGACGACGACGACGACGACGACGACCGCUUCAGGCAACGAGGAGCCAGGUGAAGCCGCCGAGGUGAUGGACGACGGCUGGGACAUACCAGACAUCUCCGACCUGCUGGACUCCCUCAACGAGCAGGACGGCGAGGUCCUGCGCUGUCCCGAAAGGGACGAUCGCGACUCUUUACUUUGUCCAGCGGAGGACGGCGUUCACAAGGACACCCAGCGUGACGCAGAGACCUCGUCCACAGAGGGGGAGGCGGAGUCUGAACAGAACUCUUGGGACUGGAACACCACCAGCUGGACCGCUGAACUCUCGCACAGCAGCGACGGAGACCAAACACAAACACAGCACGAGUUGUGUGACCAGACGCCCGAAGGCAAACCUGCCAGACGCCCACACUCAUUGGCUGGUACUGGACCAACUCACUCUUAUCAUCAUCCAAUGACGGAUCACACAGUGAAGACAUCUCGAGACACAAAUGACAAUAUUCAAUAAUUCAGGGAAACAUCUUUGUGUGUUUUUAUAGUAAUUUAAUUUAUUUCUGUAAAAAACAAAUCAUUAUCACCUGUACUGUAACUGUACAGCAUGUGCAGCCCGCAGUUUAAUUUCAAAAGUCCUUGCCGUGUAAUUUGAAAGGAAUUGUUUAAAACAGUCAGUAUUAUGUUGUAGUUGUAUGCCAUAGGAGGACCAUUGUACCACGCUGCCAGUGGUAAUUAUAGAUUGUCAAACCACAACUGAGCUGCCCUUUUGUGAACACAGUGGUAAGUGCUGUCUGCCCGGUUCCAGCCUGUUUAUUUUCCCUGCUCUGAUGUGUGUGUGUGUGUGUGUGUGUGUGUGUGUGUGUGUGUGUGUGUGUGUGUGUGUGUGUGUGUCUGUGUGUGUCUGUGUGUGUCUGUGUGUGUCUGUGUGUGUGUCUGUGUGUGUCUGUGUGUGUGUGUGUGUGUGUGUGUGUGUGUGUGUGUGUGUGUGUUCACAACUCUGAGCUAUAUGUGUGUAUGUGGUGCAUGCAUGUGCAUAUUUAUGUGUGGUUAUCAGUUGUUAUGUUCAUGACCGUAAGGCAGCAGAUCUUUUAAAAACACCCCAUUUUUAGCC